AUGUUACCUGCCAAUAUAGCAAAGACAAGAGCUGCCGGCCGAGGCGCUUACGGUGAGUUGGUUAGACUUACUCCAUCGAAUCCUUCCGGCGGGCCGUCAAUAGCCGCAGCCCCACAUACCGCCACAUACCGCUACACUCCGUAUCCGAUACCCGCAUCAUCGUCCCAUCAUGCCGCCGUGGCAGGGGUGACGAUGCCUAUAGUGCCCGUCGUCACCGCUCCGGCAACUCCCACGUUCCAAUAUGCUCCCGUUUACGAUGUCACGAACGCGGUGCAAGCUGCCCAAUCGGUUAAAAGAGCUUUCGCCGUGGCCAUGAGACCGCAACCGGCGGCUCCGACACUUAGUUAUUCUAUGACAGAUUUAUUAGGGGUUCAAGGCCUUGAUGUCGGUGCCGUGUAUCAUCCCAUACCGGCUGCCUUUUGUGUCGCACAAAAAAAAUUUUUAAAAUCAUUUCGUUUAUCUCAUCUUAUGUUAUCUUGUUUGAUCUAA